UUCAGCACAUUUCAUUUUGAGGGUAUAAUGAGAAGUCUUUACCUGUAUUUCAGCCUCAGUCUCUUCCUUGUCUUAGUUCUGCAAGAAGCCUAUGUAGCUCAGUCAGAGAAAGAUGGAGUUUACAUAGUGUACAUGGGAGCCUCACAUUCAGCCGAUGGAUCCCCAAGGCAUGAUCACUCCCAACUCCUCUCAUUGAUGAAAAGGAAGAAGAACCCUGUCAAACAUAGCUACAGCAAUGGCUUCUCCGGGUUUGCAGUACGCCUAUCAGGGGAAGAAGCAAAAUCGAUAGCUCAAAGACCUGGAGUAGUGUCUGUGUUUCCUGAUCCAGUUUUAAAACUUCACACUACUCAUUCCUGGGAGUUCUUGAAGUAUCAAACCUCUGUGAAGAUUGAUUCCUCUCCAGCUUAUCCUUCAGGCUCUUCUUCAGGUGGAGCAGACACCAUCAUCGGCGUGUUAGACACAGGAAUCUGGCCUGAAUCUGAGAGUUUCGAUGACAAGGAUGUAAGCGAAAUCCCAACAAAUUGGAAAGGAAAAUGCAUGGAAGGAAAAAAUUUCACUACCAAAAACUGCAACAAGAAAAUAAUCGGAGCAAGAUACUACGACGAUCCGGAUUCAGGGCCAUUUGUAAUGGGCACUCCCAGAGACGAAAUUGGCCAUGGCACACAUGUUGCUUCAACUGCAGCAGGGGGGCUUGUUUCUAAGGCAUCAUUUUAUGGCCUAGCUGAAGGGACUGCGGUAGGGGGCUCAACUGGGUCCCGAAUUGCCAUGUAUCGUGUUUGUCAGGACACAGGUUGCCUCGGGUCAGCUAUUCUUAAAGCAUUCGAUGAUGCAAUUGGGGAUGGCGUUAAUGUUCUGUCACUUUCCUUGGGUUCAAGUCCAGGAGAGCCAAAUUUCAUCACUGAUCCAAUAGCUAUUGGAGCUUUUCAUGCAAUGGAGAAGGGCAUUAUUGUGGCAUGCUCUGCAGGGAACAGUGGCCCUUUUCCAUCAUCUGUUGUAAAUGUUGCUCCUUGGAUCCUAACAGUUGCUGCCACCACAAUUGAUCGUGAUCUUGAGGCCAAAAUCAUGUUAGGAGGAAACAAGACGAUUAAGGGAGGAGGCAUAAAUUUUUCAGGGCUAAACAAAUCUCCCAAUUACCCCCUUAUAGCAGGAAGCUCAGCGAAGUCCAACACCAGUGACAUUGAUGCAUCCGAUGCACGAAACUGUGUCCCAGGUUCAUUGGAUGAUAGUAAGGUAAAAGGAAAAAUUGUCCUGUGUGAAAACAAUGAUGGAUAUUCGGAAAAAGAGAAAUACAGCACUCUGAAGAACCAAGGCGCAGUUGGGAUUAUAGUGAUUGACAACAACUUGAGGCAGGUGCCAUCAAAAUAUGGAACUUCUCCAAUCGCCAUAGUGACUGAAGAUGACAGAGAUAGCAUACUUUCUUAUAUUAACUCAAGCAGUGAUCCACUGGCCACAAUUCUACCAACAGCAGUGGUAUUAAAUUACAAGCCAGCUCCUGUUGUUGGCUAUUUUUCUUCGAGAGGUCCUGUUCCCGGAAUCAAAAACCUUAUUAAGCCUGAUAUUACAGCACCAGGUGUGGCCAUACUUGCAGCAUGGCCCGCAAACGACAAUGAUGAGGCUCUCCCUGGGAAGGAACCACCACAAUAUAACAUUCUGUCAGGCACUUCCAUGUCUUGCCCACAUGUUUCAGGCCUAGCUGCAGCAAUCAAGUCUCAGCAUCCUACUUGGAGUCCCUCGGCUAUCAGAUCAGCCAUCAUGACAACAGCAAUCCAGACAAACAACUUACAUGCCCCAAUCACAACAAACAUGGGAUCAAUAGCAACCCCUUAUGAUGUAGGUGCAGGCGAAAUAAGUGUAUCGGGCCCAUUGGAGCCGGGGCUCGUGUAUGAGACUGAAGUCAUUGACUACCUUCAAUUUCUAUGCAACAGUGGUUACGACACAGCUAAGAUAAAGAACAUUUCACAAACAAUUCCAAGUAACUUUGCAUGCCCCACUAACCCAAAUUCUGAUUCAAUCUCCAACAUGAACUACCCUUCCAUAGCCAUUUCCAACCUAAAGCAAAAUGAGAUCAAGACGGUUAACAGAACAGUGACUAAUGUUGGUGAGCAAGAUUCAACCUACACUGCUAUCGUGGAGGCUCCAGCUAAUGUGCACGUAGAAGUGGUGCCUAGUAAACUACAAUUCUCAAACGGAUUUAAUAAGCUAACAUUUCAAGUGACUUUUAAACUUACUGCUGCACCUCAGGAGUCCGUGUUUGGUUCAAUUACAUGGUCUGCAACCAAAUACAAAGUUCGGAGUCCAUUUGUUGUAGUCAAUGGUUAAACUAGAAAAGCUGAUGGUAGAAGUACUGGAUUGCCGAUAUAGCAUUCAUUAACAUAAAUGCCUUGAAAUAACAAUUGCUUGUCA